AAGCGAUUGGAAUGAAAUGGAGGAGGAGGAAGAAGAGAAGAAGAAGCAGAAGAGAAAAGAGAUGUGAGAUACUCUCGAGUUAGAAAAGAAGAAAACCAUGAGAAGGAUCAUGAUGAUGAUGUGAGAAAAUCCAUUUGGAAGAAGAAGAAGAGAAAAGAGAGAAAAAUGAAAACCUUUACCUUUUUAUUACCUGUGACAAGUUAACCUCUUUUUCUCCAUCACCCUAAUCAUCAUCAUCGUAAUUAAUAUUAUUCAUUCUUUGGUGUUUUACUUUUUUCUCUCUGUUAAUUUGUUAUUUUCUUCAUCUUUACUAACGGUUACCAAGAACAACUAUUACACCAAUAUAACCAUAAACCACCAUCACCAGUGGAGGAGGAAAGUGAAUCCAUUGUAUCCAAAUAACAGUUACAUUCUCAACAAUAACAGUUCAUCAUCUGUGUGUUUUCUGGUUAAAACACAAAUUCCCUCUUUUUCAAUAUUCUAUUCUCUUUUUUUGUAUCCAAAUUCUAUUCUCCUGUUGGGUUUUCUUCGUUUUCUUUCCCUUUCCCUUUCCUUUAUUCCCUUUACCUUAUUUUUUUUCUAUUCUACUCUUACCUCAUCUUGUCUCUUUUUUUUCUUCUUCCUUCUAUUUUUCUUUCUCUCUCUCUCUCUGUGUGUGUUAACCCUUUUCUUCUUCUCUUCUGGUGUUUUCUCCUUUCCCUGGAUUUUUCUUUACUUUCUUUCUGGUUUGUUCUUGUUUUCUAUUUUGUUUGUGAGAGAGAAAUUUUUAUUCUAUUGACCAAAUGACCAAAGCCUUGGAGUUUGACUGGUCAAGACCAGUUCCUGAAGCCCUGACCAGUGGAUGUUAUUUUGAUAUGUGGGAAGAGGAAAAGGGUGAAAUAGUUGUUGAAACUGGAGCCUUAUUUCGUGUCGAUGAGUAUGGAUUUUUUAUCUACUGGAAAUCAGAAGGUAAAGAGGGUCAAGCAUUAGAAUUGUGCCAAGUUAAUGAUAUCAGGGAAGGUGGGGUUCCAAAAAAUCCGUCUCUCCAUUCCGAGUUGACCUCUCGAGUCUCCUCACAAUACAAUUUGGACCAGGUUAGUUUAACCAUUUGCUCUGGAACCGAUAUGGUAAACAUCAAUUAUACUCAUGUUGUCACACCGGAUCCAGAAACAGCAUCAACCUGGAAAUCAGGAUUACGUUCAAUUACAAAUAACAAUAAAGCCAAUAAUGUUUGCCCUCGAACCUGUUUACAAAAACAUUGGAUGAAAUUAGGUUUUCUGGUUGAUGUUAACUCAAAGAUACCGGUACGAUCGGUAUCCAAAACCUUUGCCUCCGGUAAAACGGAAAAAUAUAUUUACCAAUGUAUGAAAGAGGUUGGAUUACCUCAUGAAAAGAAUGAUUUUAUCGAACCAAGUGAAUGGACCUUUGACCGUUUCUACAAAUUGUACCAUAAAAUAUGUCCAAGAAACGAUAUCGAAGAACUAUUCAAUUCAAUAACCCAAGGAAAAGCUGAACACAUUAGUUUCCGUCAAUUGGUUGAUUUUCUUAACGAUAAACAACGAGAUCCACGAUUAAAUGAAAUACUUUACCCUCUAUACGAUGAGAAACGUGCCCGUGAAAUUAUAUCAACCUACGAACCCGAUACAAACCUUUCGUCGGAGGGUAAAAUAUCCCAGGAUGGCCUUAUACGUUAUUUAAUGUCCGAUGAAAAUGCUCCCGUUUUCCUUGAUCGUUUAGAUUUUUACAUGGACAUGGAUCAACCACUUGCUCAUUAUUAUAUCAAUUCAUCUCAUAACACAUACCUGACCGGUCGACAAUUUGGUGGUAAAUCGUCCGUUGAAAUGUACCGACAGGUUCUAUUAGCGGGCUGCCGUUGUAUCGAACUCGAUUGUUGGGAUGGUAAAAGUGAAGAUCAAGAACCAAUAAUUACCCACGGAAAAGCGAUGUGCACAGAUAUCCUUUUUAAAGAUGUGAUAUAUGCCAUUCGUGACACUGCUUUCGUUACAUCUGAAUAUCCUAUUAUACUUUCCUUUGAGAACCACUGUUCAAAAAAGCAACAAUACAAAUUAGCCAAAUACUGUGAUGAAAUUCUGGGCGAUCUCCUUCUUAAAGAGCCUUUACCGUCUUAUCCUCUUGACAAUACUGUUCCUUUACCGACUCCCAAUGAUCUUAAGAGGAAAAUUUUAAUAAAAAAUAAGCGACUUAAACCAGAGAUGGAAAAAAUUGAACUUGAAUUAUGGAAAAAAGGUCAAUUACAAGCUGAUGAUGACGAUGAACAAGAAGAUCCAAAUGCAGUUCCAAGUGAAGUGGAUUUAGGUGAAAGUGCCUCCGAGCAAUUAGCUCUACAAAAUUAUCAAUACACUGGAGCAACAGUCCAUGUCCAUCCAUAUUUAUCGUCGUUAGUUAAUUACACGCAGCCCAUUAAAUUUCAAGGCUUCGAAACUGCCGAAGAAUCAAAUAUCCAUUAUCAUAUGUCCUCUUUCGCGGAAACCGCUGCACUGGGUUAUCUUAAAUCUCAGGCCAUUGAGUUUGUCAACUAUAAUAAGCGACAAUUAUCUCGAAUCUAUCCAAAGGGAACCCGUGCCGAUUCAUCCAAUUAUUUACCUCAAAUCUUUUGGAACGCAGGCUGUCAAAUGGUCGCCCUUAAUUUUCAAACUUCCGAUCUUCCCAUGCAAUUGAAUCAGGGUAAAUUUGAAUACAAUGGUGGCUGUGGCUACUUAUUGAAACCCGAUUUCAUGAGGCGUAAAGAUCGUACCUUUGAUCCUUUCGCUGAAUCUCCGGUAGAUGGUGUUAUUGCCGCUCAGUGUUCAGUUCGAGUUAUCUCGGGCCAAUUUUUAUCCGAUAAAAAGGUUGGAACUUAUGUAGAGGUUGAUAUGUAUGGUCUACCAACAGAUACCAUUCGAAAAGAGUUUCGAACUCGAAUGGUACCAAAUAAUGGUCUGAAUCCGGUCUACAAUGAGGAGCCUUUUGUUUUCCGUAAAGUGGUUCUACCCGAUCUUGCUGUGAUACGAAUAGGUGUUUAUGAUGAAAAUGGUAAAAUGUUAGGUCAACGGAUACUGCCCAUGGAUGGCCUGCAGGCGGGUUAUCGUCAUAUAUCACUUCGAACCGAAGGUAACUUUCCAAUGUCCUUGCCUAUGUUGUUUAUCUGUAUUGAGCUUAAAAUUUAUGUUCCCGAUGGACUUGGUGAUCUAAUGGAUGCUUUGUCCGAUCCUCGAGCCUUCCUUUCAGCCCAAGAGAAACGAAUGGCCCAAAUGAAGGCAAUGGGCAUCGAGGAGACGGACAUUCAAACAACCCAAGCAGUGACCGUUUCGGACAAGAAGAGAGAGGAAAAAGAGAAAGCUGAAGAAUUUCAAAUGAAACCAAUAUCAUUGGAAAAUCUGAGAAAUGAUAAGAUUUACCUGAAGAUGGUUAAGAAACAAGAUAAGAUGAUUGAAAGUUUACGCAAAAAGCAUCACAAGGAAAAACAGGGUAUCCAAAAGAUUCAAUGUUCCGCUGUGGAUAAAAUAGUUAAACAGAAUGGUAAAAAUAAUCAUGACCUAGCCAAUGACCCUGUAAUCAAAGACAUGGUCAUCGAUCAAACCAAACAAUGGUCCGAGAUGGUUGAGAGACAUCGUAAAGAAGAGUUAGAAUUGAUGAAAGAAAAUAGGAAACAAUUAGGUGAUUGCCUGGAGAAAUUGUUAGUUGCUGCUCAAACCAAUCAGAUGAAACAAUUGGAGGUUAAAUUUGAACGAGAAAACAAGGAGAUGAAAACACGUCAGGCCAAAGUUUCCGUUGAAACGGCAAAAGAGGUUGCUCAAGAUCGAACCCUUCGGAAUAAAGCAGAAAGAGAAAGACGCUUGAGGGAGAAAAAUUCCAACAAUACGAAAAAGUUUAUCGAAGAGCGUAAAAGUGCCGCCAUGAGACAGAAUAAGGAAAAAGAGAAGUUGAAAAAACUCCAUGAGAAACAGUUGAUUGAUCUUUCAAAAGAGAUGGAAAAUGAGCUCGAAAUGUACGAUAACGUGGAGACAGAAUCCAAGUUAGCAUCGAAAAUGGAAUGUUUCAUUUAAACAAUUCAGAAUCUCUCUCUCUCUCUCUCAUCAUCUCUUAUCUUCAUCAUCUUCAUGACUUAUCAUCUAUACCAUAAUCAUCACUGUUAUAAAAUUUGUUAUCACAUCUCACCUUUAAUUUUUUCUUCUUCUCCUGUUAAUCAUGAUGAUAAUUCACACAAUUUAUUAACACUUUAAAUUCACUUA